AUGAGUCUAAUCAACAGAAGGAAAUUAAACAAAAUUAAUAAAGCAAAACAACAAUCAUAUAAUACUCACCAAUAAUGUCCCUAUAUUGGAGAGUAUAAUGAAGCACCUUCAUAUACUUUAGAUAAUAAAUACUUAUUAACAGGUUAUCGAAUUAAUUACAAUACUUUGGGUCUUGCAUUAAGUAAAUAAAAUAUGAUUUUAAAUAGAAAGUAUGUUUCAUAAACAUAAUGAGACUUGUAACAUAUGGUCUCACUUAUUGCCAUUAUUUCUAUUUUUGGGUUUAUUUAUUUAUUCUUAGAUUUAAUAGAUUGCUCCAUUUAUAUCUUUUAUGAAAGAAUCAGAAAAUCAUUAUUCUGAUAUCUAAUUAUGGCCCUUACAAUACUGUUUAUUAUGUGCCAUUAUUUUAUUUACUAUUUCCACAACAUAUCACACUUUUUUUUGUGUUAAUAAGACUUUGAGUUGUGUUCUUUUAAGACUAGAUUAUGGUGGAAUAUGUUUAGUAGCAAGUGGAGGAGUCAUACCAGUAAUACAGUAUGGCUUUUAUUGUAAUCAGUAAAUAAAAGAUAUAUAUACAUUUAUGAUUAUUCUGCUAUGCAUUCUUACAUUUAUAUCAAGUCUAUUUGAUUAUAUGCAUAAAGAGUAAUUUGUGGUUUAUAAAACACUUAUAUAUGUAAUGUUUUUUACAUUUAUUUUCACUCCAGUAUUUCAUUUGAUGAUGUUCAGCAGAUAUAAUUUAUUGGGAGGUCAUUUUCACUUUAAUGAUACUGAAAACUAUUUUUUGGUUAUGCUAAUAUUCUUAAUAUCAGGCAUUACAACAUAUGCUACUAGAUUUCCAGAAAGAUGCUAUCCCAGAAGAUUUGAUAUCUUUGUAUUCUUUCAAUUAAUCCUAGAUCAACAGUCAUACCAUUUGGCAUAUCUUUGUUGUUUUAUCUUAUUCAACCACAUAUAUAAUGUCACUUAAUAUGUAUACAAUUAGAGAGAACUAUAAGUGCACAUGA